AUGAAUCACAAAGAUCUAAUCGAUUUGAUACCUCUACAGGUGAAAUGUAGUAGCGAUCCGGAAAUAAAAGAAGGUAAACCAUCACCGGAAGCAUAUCUUGUAACAAUGCAACGAUUCCGGAAUCCACCAGUAGCACCCAGUAAUGUUUUGGUUUUCGAGGAUGCUCCAAAUGGUGUUCUGGCUGCUAUUCGUGCUGGCAUGAAUGUUAUUAUGGUACCUGAUUUGAGAUAUGCAAAAGUACCUGAUGAAGGAAAGGAGCAAGUUGUGGAAGUGCUAAAAAGUUUGGAAGAUUUUAGGCCAGAAUCAGUGGGCUUACCAGCCUUUGGCCAAAAUCAAUAA